AUGUAUCGGAGGAAUGUAGUGUGUCCAAUCAUCGACGUCAUCAGUGACGAUAACUUUGCCUUCCAUACGGGUUCUGAUAUGACUUACGGUGGUUUUAAUUGGAAGUUACAGUUCCGUUGGUAUCCCGUACCGCAGAGGGAGGUAGACAGGAGAGGUGGAGACAGGACGUUACCCCUCAGAUCGCCAACGAUGGCAGGGGGCUUAUUCUCUAUCGACAAAAGCUAUUUUGAGGAGAUUGGAACAUACGAUGCGGGCAUGGACGUCUGGGGCGGCGAGAACCUUGAAAUUUCAUUUAGGAUAUGGAUGUGCGGAGGAACUUUAGAGAUUGUCACCUGUUCACACGUUGGUCACGUCUUCAGAAAAUCAACGCCAUACACCUUCCCGGGCGGGACGGGGCGAAUCAUAAAUCGUAACAACCAGAGAUUAGCCGAAGUCUGGAUGGAUAAUUUUAGGAAUUUCUAUUACAGAAUAUCACCAGGUGUGAGGAAAACAGAAUAUGGUGACGUUACGCAAAGAAAAAAGCUGCGAGACAGGUUAAAGUGCCACACUUUUGAGUGGUAUCUAGAAAAUAUAUAUCCAGAGUCCCAGUUUAGAUUGGACUUUAAAACUAUAGGAGAGAUCCGUAAUAUAGAAACUCAUAAGUGCCUAGAUAAUAUGGGGAGGAAGGAGAACGAGAAGGUGGGCAUCUUCUCGUGCCAUGGUCAAGGGGGUAACCAGAUAUUUGCCCUCACUAAACAGAACGAGAUCAAGCAUGAUGAUCUAUGUUUAGAUGCCUCAGCCAAUUCUCAUUAUAAAGACGUUGUUAUGAUUAAAUGCCAUGGUAAACAUGGUAACCAGGAGUGGCUUUAUAAAGAAGAUGCCAAAUCUUUUGUCCACAGUCCCAGUGGGUUAUGUUUAGAAAAAGCCAGUGGCGGGAAGGACACGCCCAGCGUCGCCAAGUGCAACGGGUCACCGGGGCAACAGUGGGAGUUGAUUGACAUCUCCAUGACGUCUCGGCGGUAGCCCCGCCUACUCUCAGCUCUUGGAGUAAGAGUUGAAUGGACCUUUCUUGCCUUGGAGGAACAGCAGGUUCCCAUAACACAAAGGUUAAUAGCAAUUAAUUGAAAACUAGAUUUUCACGAUUAAUUGUACAUUGUAGUCAAUGCAAUCAGUCAUAGAAAAAUCUUCUAAAGCUUUGUGUUAUGGGCCCUGAAGUUAUAUUUGAAUCUGUGAGUCCAGGAACUGACUAAUCUAUGUAUUACGCAUGACUAGAAGUGAGAGGACACCAUAGACUUAUGCAUUUGACGUCAUGAUGUCGUAGCGCCCUCCCUCAGAGGAUAUAGGAGUGUACGUAAACGGCGUUGUCAGAGAUGCGCCAGCUUCAGAUCACCAAUGAAUGUAAGGCAUUGACUUUGGCUUCUAUGAGAUGACAACAAUGCAUUAAAGGGUUACUGGGACCCGUAUGGACUGAUUCCGCCCACCUGAUAGCGAGGAGAGAUGCUCUUCUAUCCUUUUCUAUUCAUAUCGCAGGAAAUAAUUAGGAUGAUGUACUGAUGAAUGAUCUCAGCCUCGUGGAGUUGGUUUUUUAUUGUGUCUUGUAGGAAUAAUAAUGAUUAGAAUUAAGAUGAGAGAAAUGGAUCCAUUACUUACUGGGCGAGUACGGUAUGAUCUCUGCCCAAAGCCUACGGGAAUUACAUAAAUCAAUAGUCAACAGGUUAAAGUGUUGCCUACCAGACCCAGAAAGUCCAUGCCCAAAGCCUGUGGGAAUUACAGGAUUCAGUAGUCAACAUUUUAACCCAUUGCCUACUGGAUUUAUAUGGUCCUCGUAAAAGGCCAAUAGGAACUACAGAACUCUGUAAUCAACAGCUUAACCCAUUGCCUACUGGAACCAUAUGGUUCCUGUACAAAUCCUAUGAGAAUAGAAUUCAUUAGUCUAAAGGUUAAGCCACUGCCAACUCGACCAGUAGCCAAUGGGUUAAUGAUGUGGCACAUGAUGUUAUCAAUGUUCUUUUACUAAAGAAAUCAUUGAUAAAUAGAAGGGAUAAUCAUGAAGAUUUUGUAAUAAUUCAUGAUUUUCGUCAACUCUCGUAAAUUUUUUUUUAUCUGUCGCCGUCCUUGUCCAUUUCAUUACUUUCAUUUCUCUUUUGAUAAUCAAUUGCUCUCCAUUUUAACCAUUUUGUUAGAUUUUUCACGACCGUUCUAGUUUUAAGUAAAUAUUUUGCAUCAUUGUUUGUGGGAAAUGGAAAGGGUACUAUAAAAUCACAGUAGACCUUGAUAGGCUGAUUUUUAUAUACAUUAAGUAAUGCAAUCAAUCAUGUAAUUCAUCCUCGAUAUCAGUAGCUAAGGUUUAUGCUUAUACAGGUUUCAGGGCUUUGAUUGUUAGUGAUUGAUUGUGCUGUCCAUUUGUACUGUACCACUGAAAGGACAUAUGGCCCGAAUUCACAAGGUGGUUUUCAAACCAUCAUUGAACUCAUGGUUUAUGCAGAUUUCCUGUAUAAAUUAUGCUUAUUUUCCGCGUAUAUUAAAAACUGUCCAAUGCUGAUGCGCGCUUUGGUCACAGUGCGCCAAAUUGACGCCUGUUGCCAUGAUUCAGUACGCUAUUUUAUUCAUGAGUCCACUGUUUGAAGAGUAGACUCAUAAAUAAAAUAGCAUGGAUGACCACUGCAACAGGCGUCAAUUUGGCGCACUGUGACAAAGGCGGGCAUUAGCAAAUGAAUAUACACAGUAAAUAAGCGUAAUUUAUACAGGAAAUCUGCAUUAACGGUGGGGUUCAACUGAUGGUUUUAAAAACCACCUGUCUGAAUUUGGGCCAAUGCCUUUUAUAGAGAUCAUCCAGUCCCGCAAUGGACCCUGAAGUGUUGUGUUAUGUGACCCAGAUAAGAAACCUUUAUUUAGGAUGUUAUCUUUUGAGAAUAAAGUUCCAGUGAAAGAACAGAGAGCCCAUGCUAAUUGGACCAUCGGAGUGAAUGCCUUCCAAGAUUUGAUUAAGUAUUAGACAUUGGACAUCUUUUUUUCCUCUACCUCCGUUUUUUCCCCAGUUCCACUUGCAUUUCCAUAGAGUGAUCUUUCGAUUUAUAACUUGUUUUAUGAACAUAAUGUAUAAUGUACAGUGGAAAGAACCUGCGCAUAAAUAGUGCCAUUUGGAGACUGGUAAAGCAUUGUACAGAAAAUCCGUAGUCAAGAUAAAGAGAUAAACUGGCCUUUCUGCAUGGACAGAUCAAGCUUUUGGAAAAGUGGUAUAAAGAAGGGUCCGGUCUCAUUAAACUUGUUAGAUAUUUUAAAACUGAUAAAUACCGUUAAAAGCUACCGAUAUCAUGGCAUGCGAUUGGCUGUUACGGAUUUGUCAUUAGACAGGUAUGCUUAGUGAACAUUAGGAGAAAACAUAGUCAAGGUAAAAGGAAAAUCUGGCAUUUAUUGACCGACAGAUAAUACUGUGGAUGAGCUAUGUAAAGUUGGGUCCAGUCUCAUAAAACUUGUUUGUUGAGAAAUUAUGAUAACUGUUAAAAGCUACUGAUAUCAUGACAUGUGAUUGGCAGGUAGUGAAUCCAUCAUCUAAAUUUUGCAGUAAUAGAAUUUACAAAACAAUGUUAUCUCCUAAAUUAUGAAUAUUCAUUAAAAAUUUGCUCACCAUGAAUAAUGAACUUGAGUUGAUCAUCCCCCAUGGAUAGAAAGUAGUGCAUGUUUUAAAAAGUUGAAAGGAAAAGCCAAUGAUCAUUUGAAUUCCCUACAGGAAACCUGAAAGCAGCUUUUCAUUUAAUACCAAUUCUCUCAUCUCAUCAUAGACUAACCAAAGGCAAAAGCUUAAAAGCUGCUAUAGAGAUGCAUUAUGGCUGUAUAGUGUGAUCCCUGCUGAAAGACAUUGGCUGGCAUAUACCUUUGACAAAUUGCCUCAUUGAAAGGACAACGAGUGAAUAUUUGGUACAGAAAUUGUAGAGAGUUGACUGAAAUGAACAACUGGGCCAGUAUUCAGUUCGAUACUUAAGCUAGAGUUUUAAGUAUUUUACUCAGUAUUUUCCUUAAAUCCAAGUCAGCCAACCCCCCCCCCUCUGUCUGAAGUCUAUGAAGUCUAGCUUGCAUGCAGUUUAUUAAAAUUUAAUAUCAUUUUGCCUCGUCAAAUGUGCCCACAGCAGGGCCCUGUCCACGCAGGAUUAUUCUAUUGUUAAUGAAGGUGCUGAGCAUUUCUUGACUUAAACUAUGUGAUCUUACAUUGGUUAUGUAUAAGUAUUUCCAUAAAUUAGGCCUGACAAAUAAAUACUUAGAAGACUAGAAAUAAGUAUAUUUCUUAGCUAAGUAAAAUGGUAAGAAAUGUACUUAGCCAAUCAGCACUCUGAAUUGAAUACCGGCUCUCGGAAUUUACACUAUCAACAUAAGAGGAUAACUGUAGAAAUUGCUAUGAAUGGCAGGUUGAUGGAUUCCAUAUUUAUUGGAUUUUAUGUAACAUCGUGUGUGUGAUUACGAGUGACAUUGAUUAUACUGCAUGUACAAAAAUUAUAAACACUUAAUGUAUUAACUAUGCAGCAAUCAUAAAUGUGAUUUUUAUCAAAAUUUCUAAAUGGCCGAAGGAUUUUGUUGUAUUUUUGUGUUAUAUCUCUAGUUUCUUUCAUUAGGUUUAUUAGUCAAUCACUUGUUUCUUCUCUCAAAGCUUGCAUUGUUUGUAUUGUUUUUUGUUUGUUUUUAAUUGCCCCUUCUGCGAUAACGAAAGAGGCUCUAAUUUUACAUUGUAUUUGAUAGUCUUCGGACUGUUGUUUGAUGCCAAACAAUGUCUGAAAACGGUUCUUGACAUUCAAAUUUUUCAGAUUUAAUUUUGACUUAUUUUUCUGAUAUUUAGCUACAGAAAGAUUAUGAAAUGAAGUGGCUUUUAAUUAUAAUUUUUUUGUCGUAAUGUAACUCUUAGUGUACGAAUACACAUAUCUGCAACACUUUACUAAAUUGAAGGAAUUACAUAUCCGUCAUAAUGUUUUUUUUUAAUGACAUGUUAUUGUUAUGAAACCCUAUUUGUUUGUGUCGCAUAUAUGUAUUCCUACAUGUAUAUGUAUGUUUGAUAUUUUUCUUGGAAAUUUGCCUUUGUUGAACUAUAAUGUUAUGAUAAUUGAAUUAAGUUCAUUUUUUCUUCAAGAAAACUACUUUUAUGGUACAAAAUUAGGUAUUAAGCUUUAUGAAAUGAGAAAUGCUUUUUUGUCAGUUGCAAGGAAAUAUUUUUGAAUGAGCCCAUAUUGAGUGCUGCACAUAGAAGAAUGCGUCCUUUAUGGUGGAAAACUAUCUUCCUUUUUUACAGAAACCUGUAGUCAUUUAUGACAAUACUCAACCCAUUUUGAUUUUCUGUUUUUAUUAUAGGUAUUGUCCACAAGAAAGAAAUAUAUUCAUAGAAAGAAAAAAAAAUAUUUCAACAGCUCUGCAAUGUUAUGCUCCUUCCGCUAUUAGUAUUUAAUCAUGCACUACAAACUAGUUUUAAGAAAUCCUAAAAAGUUUUAAGAAAUCCUAAAAAGUUGUAAAAAGCACAAGAACUGUUAAAGCUACUGAUAACAUGGUCACUCAUAUGACAAUACAUUUGACUUAACCUUGCUCAAGCCUACUAAUAUAACCCAAAUAUCCAUAAUGAAAUUUGCACAUAAAAUUGAAUUGUGACAUUAUGGUCAUACAAUAUCAAAAUAAUUAAAAAGCCUUGAAUUGAACUAAGUACUGUAGAAUCCCUUCAAUCUGAAGAGGAUGCACAAUGGUACAUGUAUAUUCCAUGUAAGAUAUCAAAACCUUGUCAUAUUGUAUCUGUUCAUUUACCAAACACCAAAGUAGACCGAUAAAUAGGUAUAUUUCUGUCAGGGAUAUGCUCCGCUGAGACUUCGUCUGGCUCCGCGGCAUCACCUCCAUCAAUAGCCCGAUUGAUAAAGAGCCUGGCUUAUCCUAAUAUGUUUGUCAUCAAAAUUCGCUUUUUUCCAGCAUAUUUUUCAGAAAGAUGGUCAUCUGUUUGUAUUUGAUAUAAAUUUAUCUUAAUUGUUCCUUCCCUUUUUUCCCCCGUCAAAAAGCAAAUUUAGGAGUAAUCGAGGAGGGUGCAAAAGUGCAUCCUUUCUCCUAGAUGCUGUAGUUAAGCGGCGGUUGUUUGCUCCACCUUUACGAGCCCAAUGGCCGUCAUCCGUCUGUAGGAGGAGGGCAAAAAAAAAAUCAGAAAAUGUUGAAAAACUCCUCCGAAACAGCUGAUUUAUCAGUCUAAUACCAAAGGUACUUACUGUUUCUCGAAUUAUGAUAGGUAGGGCUCACUGAAGGAAGAAAUGUGUUUUACUUUUUUUGCUUUGGGAUCCUACCCUAAUCAGCAUGGUUUAAAGAUGGGUGAAAUGUCAAUGAAUAAAUGUGGUGAAUUAUUAAAAAAAGUUAUUUCACCAUCUCUUUUAAAUUGAGAAUGGAAAAAAUACCUCAUUUUUUUUAAUAGUAGACGAAAGUUUUACAAGAGAACCUCAAUGCAUGAAAGUUUGUAGAGAAUCAUUAAGAGAUCAAGUCAAAGAGUACAUUAUUUCUAGUUCCAAUCAGUGAAUUCUAGUUUAUAUAUACUUCGAUCGUAUCAAGUUUUUGCUAAUAGAGACUCACAUUUCAUCUAGAAAUUUAAUGUUUGAUUAUUCUCGUACUGCUUUCCAGCGGCGGUUGUUUGCUCCACCUUUACGAGCCCAAUGGCCGUCAUCCGUCUGUAGGAGGAGGGCAAAAAAAAUCAGAAAAUGUUGAAAAACUCCUCCGAAACAGCUGAUUUAUCAGUCUAAUACCAAAGGUACUUACUGUUUCUCGAAUUAUGAUAGGUAGGGCUCACUGAAGGAAGAAAUGUGUUUUACUUUUUUUGCUUUGGGAUCCUACCCUAAUCAGCAUGGUUUAAAGAUGGGUGAAAUGUCAAUGAAUAAAUGUGGUGAAUUAUUAAAAAAGUUAUUUCACCAUCUCUUUUAAAUUGAGAAUGGAAAAAAUACCUCAUUUUUUUUAAUAGUAGACGAAAGUUUUACAAGAGAACCUCAAUGCAUGAAAGUUUGUAGAGAAUCAUUAAGAGAUCAAGUCAAAGAGUACAUUAUUUCUACAUGUAGUUCCAAUCAGUGAAUUCUAGUUUAUAUAUACUUCGAUCGUAUCAAGUUUUUGCUAAUAGAGACUCACAUUUCAUCUAGAAAUUUAAUGUUUGAUUAUUCUCGUACUUCUUCCCAGUUAGCCCAUUUGAAAAUAAAAUUAA